CCAACUGGUUCCAGUCUUUCACUUAAACGGAAAUGGUAUUCUCGAAGAGCUGGAUUUUGGCCUGCUUUCUACUGGGAUGCUGGCUGCCUGAAGGCAGGGGAAAGAUCUACCCCAGAGACAUCAUCCGAAUGACCCCCAAGUUUCGCCGGGCUUGGGGCGGAGUGGAAUCGAAUACGGGACCGAAUUUCGGGGGCUGGCUUCUGCGUAUAAUGAGCAGUGAUGGAAGCUUCGCCUGUGGGGCAGCCUACUACUCUCCUCUGCUGGCUAUUACCUCGGCCAACUGCAUAUAUCCCUACCGAAACACCUUGGAAGGCGUGAUCGUCGAGGGAACUGCAUUCUCGAAGUGCGACACGGAAAACCACGCUGAGGUCGACACUAUUCAGUUCCCCGAGCGGUUCAUCUUUCAAAAACUCUACAUGGACGUGGCCAUCGUGCGGCUCAAGAAGCCCAUCAAGGGUCGUCUCACCGAGUUCAUCAGGCUCUGCACCGCGAAAGUGAGUCCCAAAAUGCAGAUGGUGGUCUUCGGCUGGGGAUACGAAGACAUGGCUGUGGAGGAGGCCUGGCCGAAGGCCAGGAACUCAACGGUCAGUGUCAUAUCAACAAAGGAGUGCCGUAAAAAGUUCAAGAGUCCAAAGCUAUCGAGCACUUCGGUGUGUGUGAGACAACCCAAGAAACAAAGUCAGUGCCUCUACGACGGUGGCAGUCCGAUGGUCCACGACAGAGAAUUAUGUGGCAUUGUAUCCUUCGGUUCGAAGUGCCAGGAUACCUCAAUUCCAGGCAUGUUCACCAACAUCGCAAGGGUGAAACGUUUCAUCAGGGACACAGAGGAGGCCAUCGAAUCAGGAUACAUACUCAGGGCUCCCAAACAUAAAACGAACGAACCGGGGGACAACACCACCACAACAGCAACAUCAACAGCAACAUCAACAUCAACAUCAACAUCAACAUCAACAUCAACAACAGAGGAAACGACCACUACAACGAAAAAAGCAAAAAGGAUAACUACUAAAGACCCACUCAAAGAAAUGGUGUGCUGAAUUGUAAACUAGUUUUAUCGCUCUACACGGAUUCUAAAAAAAAUAUUUUUAUUUCAAUUUUCAUUCAUAAAAAAUGUUUUCUGUUUUAAAUCACAACCGAUUAAGACCGCCAAAAAAUGUAUUUACUCCAUGCAAGUUAAAUUACGUUCCUAAAUAAGCGUAAAAUCAAUUUGUACAACUU